AUGCAAAUAAGUGUCUUCUUACACGAUUCAAACAACGAAAUCAAAGAGAUAUCAGUCCACAAGACCGAUCCAGUUCAAGUUCUUCAAGAUGAAAUCAAAGGAAAUGACAAGAGAUUCAUAAUGUACAAAAACUCAUUACUAAUGACUUCUUUUAGUUUUCAGUUCUUUGGCAUCAAAGAUGGUGAUCAUUUAUACGUACUGCGAACAAAAUAUGGCAAUAAGAAAAGAGAAAUGGCCGAAACAUCAAAAUCUUUAUUACAAAUGCAACGAAGCAGCCGCUGUUGCAUGAUUCUUUCAAAUAACAAUGUAGAAGUUAUAGAUAAGUCAGCUUUACUAGAAUGCACACGCUUGUUAGACCUCAUGUACCUACGUGAUGAUUACUUGUCACCAGCUAGCCGUCGCGGACCAGAAAUCAUGGCUUCUGAUGCCUCUCAAGCUAGUAAUUCUUCGAAGAGCAUUAUUCCUACGGUUCGUCUUAACGAGCCAUCAUCAGAAGUAUUGCCAAUCUUUUGGAACCCAGGCCAUAAGAGAUUGCUCUCAUAA